AUGGGGGGGGGACUUUCGCACUUCGCCAGGACGGUGCCAAUGGAGCGUAGGAAAGAUCGGCGGCGAGCGGGAUGGACAACCCGCACCAGGCCGUAUUCUAGAGUCCGUUAUCGUUGCGCUGCGCAAGUACUCGUACAAGUACCGGUAUCCCGAACCGGGGAAAUAUUUACAAUCCCGCCAUAGGACACCGCCUCAGUCCCGAAUAUGCUUAUUUCAACCUUAGGCUGACUACCGGUAGGAGAGAGGGAUAGCGGAUUGACUUUUGUGCAACUAGCUUGUGUUGUACAGAUUGUAUCUUGAACAUUUUACAUCCUAUUUCUGGCCACAGCAUCAUCGCGGGAACUAAGAUUAGAAACUUGAAAGAAUGUGACCUUUGAAGCCUAGAUACGUGUCACGGGAAUUGGAAAAGAUCGAUGGCAUCAGGUCUUUCAAACAAAGGUCCAGUAAAGGCGAAGUAUUCCUGAUCGGCCAGCGAUCACGUCCCAAGUGUGCUCCGUAGUUUGGCCGCGUGGGGGGGGAUUGCCCCUUCGACUGAGAUGUAGACUACCGGCAUCAUUGCCUGUACUGGCACUUGAGUAAUGUAUGAGAUACUCGAGUUC